AUGGCCGGGCGCCGGCGCACCCACCACCACCUCAUGCUUCCGGCCACCGCCUGCCUGUGGGCUCUGUCAUGCGCGCUGCUGCUGCUCCGCGCGUCGUCAGCGUCCCCUCACGGCCUGCUCAGGGUCGGCCUCAGCAAGCGCGGCCUCGACCAGCACGCGCUGCAGGCGGCUAAGGUCGCGAGGCAGGAGGAUAGCCUCCGCGGCCGCCUGGGGGCCAGCAGCAGCAGCGGCGGCGACGACGUCCCGCUCGUCGACUACCUCAACACCCAGUACUACGGGGAAGUCGGCCUCGGCACGCCGGCGCAGAACUUCACCGUCAUCUUCGACACCGGCAGCUCCAACCUCUGGGUCCCCUCCUCCAAAUGCUACUUGUCGAUAGCGUGCUACCUCCACCCCAGAUACAAGUCCGCCAAGUCUAGCACUUACAAGAAGGAUGGAGAGACUUGCAAAAUCACCUAUGGCUCCGGUUCAAUUGCUGGAUUCUUCAGCUACGACGACGUGCUGGUUGGAGACCUUACUGUCAAAAGCCAGAAGUUCAUCGAGACGACGCGCGAAAGCAGCAUCACGUUUAUCAUCGGCAAGUUUGAUGGCAUUCUUGGUCUUGGAUACCCUGACAUCUCCGUCGGCAAAGCUCCUCCAAUUUGGCAGAGCAUGCAAGAGCAAAACCUGCUUGCGGAAGAUGUUUUCUCCUUCUGGCUUAACCGAAACACUGAAGAGGAAUCUGGUGGUGAGCUUGUCUUUGGCGGCGUGGACCCUGAUCACUUCAAGGGAAACCACACCUAUGUUCCUGUUUCCAGAAAGGGUUACUGGCAGUUCAACAUGGGGGAUCUUCUCAUUGAUGACCAGUCCACUGGUUUCUGCGCCAAGGGCUGUGCUGCUAUUGUCGACUCUGGGACUUCUUUGCUGGCUGGUCCAACAACAAUAAUUGCUCAGGUGAACGAAGCAAUUGGGGCUGCUGGAAUUAUCAGCCAAGAAUGCAAAGAAGUUGUGAGCCAGUAUGGAGAGAUGAUCCUCGAACUGCUCAUAGCACAGACAUCUCCAGAGAGAGUGUGCAGCCAGGUUGGUCUGUGUAUGUUUGAUGGCGCUCAGUCUGUCAGCGAGGGAAUUGAAUCUGUUGUUGGCAAAGAAAACUUGGGCUCAGAUGUUAUGUGCUCAGCCUGUGAGAUGGCUGUUGUGUGGAUAGAGAACCAGCUCCGUGAAAACAAAACUAAGGAGCUGAUAUUGCAAUAUGCUAACCAGCUAUGUGAGCGUCUACCAAGCCCCAGCGGAGAAUCAACAGUCAGCUGCGAGGAUAUCUCAACGAUGCCCAAUCUUGCAUUCACCAUUGCAAACAAGACCUUCACCCUAACACCAGAGCAGUACAUUGUGAAGCUGGAGCAAGGAGGCCAAACUGUCUGCAUCAGUGGCUUCAUGGCAUAUGACGUCCCACCCCCGCGUGGUCCUCUCUGGAUUCUUGGGGAUGUCUUCAUGGGAGCUUACCACACGGUGUUCGACUUCGGCAACGACAGGAUUGGCUUCGCGGAAUCUGCAUGA